AUGUAUUCCCCGCCCCUGCCAAUGCCUGCCACAACCUCUCCCUCCCGAAACCAACAGCCGAUACAGCGAUACAAGCAGUGUCGUGAAACUUCCAACUUUCAACCAGGGAGCGCUCUUACCCUUCUUCCAGUCUUACUGCUUACACCCCCCUACCCCUCUCACCAUCGCCUUUUACCCCUCUUCAAGCUUUCGUCAGCACUUGAACCUUCUUGCAUCAAAUCUGAACGAACCAAGCGGCUCCUUCGGACAUUUUACUGGGGAGCAGAAGAGUAUUGCACUUUGUCAGCCCUUGUUGAAAGUCUGUUUUGUUUUGGGCUUUGGGAAGAGGAGCCGCAGAUCGGGUCUUCCGAGACAUUGGUAUUUGAUUCGGAGCGUCGGCAGCUGGGAAGUGAGCUCGAUAAUGGUACUGAUCAAUUUCUCGUAAGCAGGCACAAGGAGAACGAAAAGGCAGAUGCGAAGCAAAGAAGCGGCAUUUCAUAUCUGGGAAACCCGCAGAUGGGGCAUUUCACCAUGGUGAUCCAUGAAACUCGUAUCAUUGAGGUAAAGCAACAAAACUCCGAUGCCCAAUGCCCUGGAGAAAAUAGGUAG